GGUUGGCACUGGUUCAUUGAUUCUGUUUGCUGCAUGUUGCUAGAUGUAUGUAUGCAAAUUAUUGUGCGAUCUUAUCUGUGUUAGCGAUGCUCUCUGCCCUGCUGUAUUCACCAGCGGUCCACCACUUCGACCAUGCUGGUCUCCUUUGGUUGUCUUUGCCUAUCGUCUCUGCAUCUUGGAGUUACGUUGGCAUGCUCAAACGUAACAAUUUGCUCCAAAUGAGAUAAAAAUGUAUGUGAAGCAAUGAUUCACCCCAAAGGAAGACCUCUGGAGAGAGUAACUAAAGGCAUAAAAGUGGAAGCUCAGUGAAAAGCAUGGACACUCGACUAGAAUGCAUCUUCUUUAGCGAGUUUCACCCUACAUUGGGUCCCAAAAUAACAUAUCAGGUCCCAGAGGAAUACAUUUCAAGGGAGCUCUUUGACACAGUUCAGGUUUAUAUUAUUACCAAACCAGAGCUGCAGAACAAAUUAAUAACAGUCACUGCGAUGGGCAAGAAGUUAAUCGGGUGUCCAGUUUGCAUAGAACAUAAAAAGUACAGCCGCAACGCCCUCCUCUUCAACCUGGGCUUUGUUUGUGAUGCGCAAGCCAACACCUGUGUCUUGGAGCCAAUUGUCAAGAAGCUCUCUGGCUAUCUCACAACUCUGGAGCUGGAAAGUGGCUUCAUCUCCAAAGAGGAGAGCAAACAGAAACUUCUGCCUAUCAUGUCCACCUUGCUGGAAGAGCUCAACGCGACAGGAGCUUGUACCUUACCCAUAGACGAAUCUAACACCAUCCACCUAAAGUUGAUCCCCCUACGAAAGGAUCCCCUAGUGGUCCAGGAGUACGAUGUUCCUGUCUUCACCCAGAGCAAAGACCACUUCAUUCAAUCCCAAUGGGAUCUUACCACUCAGCAGAUUCUGCCCUAUAUAGACGGCUAUCGACAUGUCCAGAAAAUCUCAGCUGAAGCAGACGUGGAGUUAAAUAUUGUUCGUAUUGCUGUGCAAAAUCUCCUGUAUUAUGAUUUGGUGACUUUAGUGUCCAUAUUUCAGUAUUCCAACGUGUACUGCACCACCCCCAAGGUGCAGAGUUUGAUGGAUGACAAGCUUAUCCAGGAGGACUGUCUCACCUACGUCACCAAGCAAGGCCAGAAGCGUGCCAGUUUGAGAGACGUCUUCCAGCUGUACUGCGGUCUGAGCCCGGGAACCACGGUCCGAGACCUUUGUUCCCGUUACUCGCAGCAGCUGCAGAGAGUUGACGAGAGGAGGCUGAUUCAAUUCGGGCUGAUGAAGUCUCUCAUUCGGCGACUGCAGAAGUAUCCAGUCAAGGUGUUGCGUGACGAGAAGAGCAGGCCUCCUCGCCUUUAUACGGGCUGUCACAGUUACGAUGAGAUCUGCUGCAAGACAGGGAUCAGCUACAAGGAGCUGGAUGACCGCUUGGAAAAUGAUCCCAACAUCGUUGUGUGCUGGAAAUGACAUCACAAUGUGCUCCUCGAGAACGGUUCUAGACACAUUUUUACCAGAUGGGCCAAGGAGGGGCGCACUGACACAUGGCAACAAAUGAUAUUCAAGUAUAUGAACAUGAAAUGAGCAAAUCCGCAAGGUACAACAAUAUGAUUGUUUUCCUAUUCAUGGGAUUUCCACUUUACUGUGUACAGUUUGAGUCCACAAAUGACUUAUGUCCACACUUUGCAUGUACUGAAAACUCUGCAUCGCUCAUAUUUGCCUUUUUUUAGUGUUUACGGGUAUUUAGUGUGUUAAAAUGCACUCCUCAUCUGAGAAAAGUAUCCAGAAGCUUCAAUACACCCAGAACAUCCCUGCCAGCAUCCUGCUUGCCUCUUUGUCUCGUCCUGUCUUGUUUAACUUCAACUUUCUUGUUGCCUCUUUUUGCACCGCUCUCUAAAAUCUCAACAAUGGAAUUAAUCAACUUUCCUCUCAACAAAAUUGACAAGGUCUCGGGUUUAGGGGAACCUGUUUGUCCUGUCAAAACGGUUGUUGCUGGACACACGACGGAUUCUUGGGAGAAGAGGAGUGCUGCGUGCUUUGCGACCAUUUCAGUGGAGGACAGUGACGAUAUCUACUAAGGGUGUAAUGGUACACAAAAAUAAGUACCUCAGUUGAGAGGUCACGGUUCGGUUCAUUUUUGGUACAGUAAGAAAAAAACAAAAUAUACUGUACAUUUUCUGGCUAUUUACCAAAAUGUGUAAACAAUGGCUUUAUUCUUUUAACAUAACAAUAACAUACAUAUACACACAGGGUCGAUUGCCAGGGUUAAUGCAGUCAACAUAUAUAAAAUAAAAACUAAAUAAGAUAAGGCUCAGAAUUGGUUUCUUAAUAAAACCUUUCUACAUAUAAAGUGCAACAUUUCCACAUAUAAAGUGCAACAUUAAACUGCUUCAAGUUGUUGCUCAGAUUAAAUAAAAUGACAAAACUUUUCUUCUACAUACAAAAAGUGCAACAUCUACCUAUUUGGAACCAUGAUAACAGGACAUCUGGAGUAAGCGUUGCCUGAUGUUGGAAGCCAUUCAAAGUACCCUAAAGCUGCCACAAAUGAUUGGAAGAUGCUCAGACUUGGAAAACAUCUGACCGUCUGCCCUUGCCCCAUAGAGCCCAGUUUGAGAUUUACUUUUUUUUUUUUACCCAUCCUCCCCCAGCGUUUGCUCCUGUACGAUGUUUGUUUGUCUAAUCUUGAACGGAUAACAUUCACACCCUGGACAAUGGGCAUAAGCACACACACUCCCAGCCCAUGCCACCACUUAAACCCCUUAAGGGUGGUGGACGGCUGAGCAGCGCUUAGAGAGCAGCAGCCUGCCACCGUAGCGCACCCCCUUUCCUCCCCCAUUGCAAGUUGUAUGGUGUCUGUGUAACAUGUUUUUGUGUGUUGGUGGCUAUACACCUUUUCACCACCUUUAAGGGCCGUCAAAAGUGGCAGACCUAACAGCGUUCUGUUUCUGUCUUCCUGUACAAUGCAUGUCUGCUCUUGAACGGAAUUGUGCUGAAAACCCAAAUUUCUCCCUGGGGAUUAUCAAUUAAGUAUUUCUGAUUUCUGAUUAUGAUCUUGAUGAGGGUGCGCAAAUACAACCACAUCACUAUUAUUAUGACAUUUUUUUCACUGGCUUCUUAUUCGAUUCCAGAAUCGAAAACAAGGUCCUCCUACUUACCCACCAGUGCAUUUAUGGACAUGCCCCUUUCACUCAGACUCCACACGUUCCCUCUACCCUACAUCCACAUAAACCCACCAAGGUGUCUGGGCCUUCCUCUGCUGAAUGCCCCACAGACUACAGCUGCAUUUGAACAAAACUUAAAAACCUGUCUUUUUAAGAAAAGCAUUUUGCUAAAAAGUCCCUGUAGGUUCUUCCUACAACUUUUGAUUUUUGCUCUAUAAUACUUUUUACUAUUAAUUUAUAAUCAAAUAUUUUCUUGUUUCUUUUCCACUCUAUAGCACUUUGAGAUUCCAGAAAUAUAGUGUUAUAAUUUUUUGUAAAUACAUUUAAAAAAAAGUGUGUGGUAAAUAAAAGAUUACCCUGGAAUA